CAGGACAAGAAGAACUGCAGAGAACUCAGGCUGGCCAGGCCACAGGUUGGUGCGCGCCACUGUUGGAAUUGGAGUGGAGAGGGAGCAAGACCGCAGAAAGAAAGAUGCAGCCAGUGCUGUGGGUGCUGUGUGCAGCCUGGGUGACUGUCGACGCCAUCUCUGUGCAAACCCCCAAGGAUUUUCUUCAGGCAGCCCGAGGAGGAAGUGUCACCCUUCCGUGUACCUACGACACUUCUGCCUCGGACAGGGAUGGAUUUAUCCAGUGGGAUAAGCUUCUCCUAACUCACACGGAAAAGGUGGUUACCUGGAAGUUUGGAUCCCAAGAGUACUUCUAUGGUGAUCGCUACAAACAGCGUGUGACCCUGGCGGAUGGCAAAGAGCUGUUGGACGCGUCUGUCACCAUCCAGCAGCUGACCAUGGACGACAACGGCACCUACGAGUGCUCUGUCUCGCUGCUGUCGGAUCUGCAAGGCACCUCCAAGACCCGCGUCCGCCUCCUGGUCCUCGUGCCGCCCUCUGUGCCAGACUGCCUCAUCAAGGGAGAGACAGUGAUUGGGAACAACAUUGAGCUGACCUGCCAGUCUGCCGAGGGCUCCCCAGCCCCGCAGUACACCUGGAAGAGCUAUGACGACCAGCACCUAGAGCGGCCUCUGUCCUCGCCAGCCUCAGGCCAGAGCCUCCUCCUGAAGAACAUCUCCACGCUCAUGUCAGGCCUGUACACCUGCUUCUCCAGCAACGAGGUGGGGAUGAGGACCUGCAACAUCACACUGGCCGUCAGACCUCCCUCCAUGAACGUGGCGCUGUACGCAGGCAUCGCAGGUGGUGUGGUGGCAGCCCUUAUCAUCAUCGGCAUCAUCAUCUACUGCUGCUGCUGCCGGGACGCAGACAGGAAGGAGGACAAGGAGGACGCAAGGCCGGACCGGGCAAUUUACAGGAAGCCACCAGAGGAAAUGCAAGAGUUCUCCAGAGAAAAACAAGAGGAUGACAGAGACAGGCACGAAGACCAGUGGAGUUCUGGGCGCCAGUCCCCCAGCAACCGCGGCCAGUAACAGACCUUCUGUGGACAGCGAGGGAGGGUGAGGGCUGCAUCCUUCCACUUGUCUCCUUGGACUCCCUCCCUAGCUACUCCCCAGGUGCUGGACACUGGCCUGGCUGCAGAGGCCCCGCCUGUGCUGGCCUUGCUGGCUGGUGGCACACUCCCUACAACACGGUCAGGUCUGACCCUCACCCUGCACCAGGCAGCAUCCCCCACUCCCUCAGCUGAAGCACAGCUCUGAGCACAGGCCACAAGGGAUGGAGCCUCCAGGCAGCAUGUGCCCAGCUGCUGGGGCUGCCCUCACUGCAUUCUUGUAGAGUGGAGGAGUGUGGGAGGGACUUCCUGUUAUUCACUCCCCUUCCUCCCUGGGGCCCCAGCUUCCCAGCCUCUGCUCUCAUCCCCUGGCCAGGGCCGCCUCCUGGGUUCAUAUACUUUCUAUCAGCCUUGCAAAAUCUUGUCACUCUUGCAGGCCUAGCUCCGCCCACAAAGCUUUCCAUAACCCUUUCCUGGUUGUCCACACCUGCAGGGUCAGUCGUGCUGCUUUGUCCACAGAGGUGCCUGGGCUCACAUGUGGCUCUAGUUAUGAUAGAAUCUGAGCUUCAUGGAGCAGGGUCUGGACCUUACCAUACCUGCCUUUUCUGCAGCCCUGGGGUUUGCAUUUGGAAGCCUGCUUUGACAGGUUGGGCCUUCCUGAUAUGACUGUGGACACAGGUAUGCUCCCAUUCCAAACCCACAAAUUAGACAGCUUACUGAAUGAUUGAAAAUGAACACGCACAGACAGGCACAGUGGGGCACGCCUGCUAUCCCACUACUGAGGGAGGCUGAAGCAGGAGGAUUGAAAAAUUGAGUCCCACCAGUACAAAUUACUGAGGCACGUCUCAGAAAAAUAAAAAGAAAGGGCUGAGGAUGUCUCCUGGCGGGAAGUCCAGGAUGCCUGCAAGCUCCUCCCCCGGCUGCUCUCCUUGCUGUCCUCUACUCUCCCGCAGCCUGAUGAGGUGGUAGGCAAUCCUGCUUGCCAGUGUCAGGCCGUGCCUCUGCUCCAGUGCCUGGGGUCAUCCAAAUGCAGCUCACUAUUAAGCAAAUGUUGACGUUUCUGGAUGACCAGAAAAGUAAUUCCAUAAAUCUGUUGUCUGUGAUUUUUUAAAAUGUCUAUUUUUAUAUGCUUUGUUAAAUCCUUUGCUUCAUUUGAAAUGCUUUCAGGAAUAAUAACAUUGACAGUGGAGACUCCUCUCUUUGGCAGUGUGGCUCUUGUUGAUGCCAUGGCAGAGCCUGUGUUAGCUGGGCCCAGUCUGCUUCCUGCUGACCUCUUCUUCCUUCCGGAGGUGCAGUGAGGUGUCCAGGACAGAAUCCUGGGAUUCCACUGUUUGUGGGUGAGAUGGGCCCUACAGAGGUACCUUCA